CCUGUUUACUACAUGAGCAAAGCGCUCCUCCCAGUAGAAAGACGCUACAUGCCAAUCGAAAGAGCGGUCUUAGCAGUGGCAACAACCGCAAGGAAACUCCGUCCCUAUUUUCAAGAGCACCCUGUAGUCAUUCUCUCAAAUCUUCCGCUGAGAAAAAUCCUGAAGGGAAUGGAUGUGUCGGGUUGAAUGACCAAGUGGGCGGUUGAGCUCAGUGAGUAUGAUAUUGCAUACGCCCCGCGACCCUCCAUCAAAGGGCAGGUGCUGGCAGAUUUCAUUGCGGAGGGCUUCGGCCUUAGUGAUGCAAAGGAAGAGAAUGAAGUUUGGCGUCUUUUCGUAGACGGAGCGGCUGGAAAAGGAGGAGCAGGAGCGGGAAUAGUAAUUGAAACGCCCACAGGCGUAGUGCACGAAAUAUCUCACCGCUUCCUGGAGCUAAAGACCAACAACGUGGCGAAAUAUGAAGCGCUCCUCAGUGGGUUGAAGAUAGCGGUUAACAUGGGGGCAUCGCAACUGCACAUCUACUCCGACUCGUUGUUAGUAGUAAACCAAGUGCUUGAGAGUUACGAAGUUAAAGAGGAGGCGCUCACCAAGCUGGUUGGAGCGGUUAAAGGAAUUCUAUCACAGCUAGACUCCUGGAAGUUGGAGCAUGUGAAGAGGGAAGAUAACCACCACGCUGACGCCCUAUCCAAGCUGGCAACCGCCAUGGACUUCGAAGGGGAGCGUCGUGUUACAGUAACCAAGGAAGCGGCCCCAGCCUACGAGGUAAUGGCCCUUAACGAAGAGAGUCGCGACUGGCGGUCUCCCUUGGUCGACUACCUGCAAAAUGACGUUGUCCCGAAGAUGCACUCCUAGCCAAGGCGCUGAGACGAAAAGCGGCCCAUUAUACCAUGGUGGAGGGACAACUAUGCAAAAGAUCCUUCUCGGGGGCAUAUCUGAAAUGCCUUGGUCCGGAUGAAGCCAAGUGGAUGGUGAAAGAAAUCCACCAGGGGACA